GUGAACGCGGCGGCACGCAAUGCUGCGGCUCUCAUUCACAUCAGUACAAACUCAGGCUUAGUUUAUUUGCACACGCCGGAUCAUCACAGACGCUGCUUUUUGACAGAUGAUGUGAAUCUGAAACUGAAUGUGAAAUCUACAGGAGGACCAAGUGUUCUGACCGAAGAACCGCUAUUUUCUCUCAAGGCAAACGGACGUUGUUUGUGACUGAGAGGCUCAGGUAAAGUGCACAGAAUCCCACCUGACGACAGAAGAUCUGAAGGCUUAUAACCAGACCUUCUCCUUGUGAGAUCGGACGCUGGACACUGAUAUGAAACUGAAAGUGAUUCAGUUUGCCCUAAGAAACAGCACCGGCUUGAAAAAGUGAGGAGGACUUUAAAUAAUGCAAAUAAGCGGAGAGGAUGUGAAGUAGCCUAUAUUUAUUUUCAGUGAUUCAUUUUUAUUCAGGAUUAUGUAGGAUUCAUUCAGGUUAUCCUCUUUGGGCUCUGCGUGUGAGAAAACUUCAGAAAAAGUCCCAGCAGAAGAAACACUUGUGAAACAUGGAUGCAAUUAGGUUUCCCGACUUUUUUGAUGAUAAAAACCAUUGGGAUCACACAUCUCGUGGUCUUUACUUUAUCAGAUGAGUCCAGUUUCAGAUCUCAAGAAGUUAUUUUGUGACACCUGACGAAGACCUGAAAUGUCAAAGAGGAAGCUGUCUCUGUGCCAGGCCCUCACCCUCAUAACACUGCUGUUGUCUCCAGGUUGCCUGUCCUCUCUGUCUUUGCAGUCAUCCAGACGAGUAGAGCUGGGAGGUGAGGGACCACAGAUGCACAGCCAAAUACAUUUCAUGAACGAGUGGGCCUCGUGGGGCGGUUGGUCCGUGUGUUCACGCUCCUGUGGGGGAGGGGCCUCUGUCCGUACACGCACCUGCAUCACCAGAAAUCUGGUAGGAGGGCCUUGCCCGGGGGACACCAGGCAAUACAAGAUUUGUAACACAAAGGAGUGUCCUGCUGACUCAAUGGACUUCAGAGAACUGCAGUGUAAAGCUUUCAAUGACAGACCCCUGGUCUCUGGCAGCAGUUACCUUUGGACUACCUUUCAUGGAGGAUCUGACCCAUGUGAGCUCAGCUGCCUGGCAAUUGGACACAACUUCUACUACAACUUUGGGCGGGUUCUUGAUGGCACACCAUGCCAAUCAGAUCAGGGGACAGUCUGUGUGAAUGGAAAGUGUCUGAAGCCAGGAUGUGACUUGAUCUUUGGAUCUGAGCAGCAGGAGGACGCCUGCAUGGUGUGUGGAGGCCACAACUCAACCUGCCUUCAUCACAGAAGUGUUUAUCAAAGCAACGGGCAGAACAACGGACUGUUUGGGUACAGUGAGGUCACUAUGAUCCCGGCCGGAGCCACACACAUCAGAGUGACUGAUAACAGCAGAAACUAUCUAGCACUCCAGAAUGGGCGCUCUCAGUUUGUGAUCAAUGGGAACUGGAAGAUCAAUGUUCCUGGGGAGUACAAUGUGGCAGGAACCAAACUUCUGUACCGGCGCUCUGCUGAUACCUGGGAGAGUUUUGAAGUUCCAGGACCUACUCAGGAGGACCUGCACAUCAUGGUCUUGUCCACUGAUAAGAACUCUGGGAUUGAAUAUGAGUACUGGCUGCCUCCAGACCGUUACGCCCUGUAUCAUGGGAGACGCCAACUUCGGCAGCCUCACCACACAUCAAACCACUUGCCCUUUGAACUUCCAACCACUACAACUACCACUACUACAACCACAACCACUACUACAACACAGCCAGUCACAAAACCUCAUUUCUGGGGUCCUGCUGCUCACUGGCCUCUUCAACCCCCCUAUCAACAGCAGCCAGUCCCACGUUUGGAAAGAGAUGAAAACCGCAGGAACCGACUGCAUGCUAUACACCGUAGAGCCCACUGUGGGAAAUGUCGCCGGGUACGAGGGAGAGGUGAGCGCCAGAGACAGUAUUGCCAAAAAGAUUUUGUAUUUCGAGCAAAAGUGCUGGAAAAAGUCUAUCAUGGUGAGGAGACCCGCUUUGAUGUCCAAAUCAUCCACACAUACCGCAACCGUUAUCGUCUGGAGCACCGGGAGUUCCUGUGGGCGCCCAACAAAUGUGACUGUCCCUUUUUGGAGGAGGGGCAUCAGUACGUGUUGAUGCUGCGAAGGCAUAUUAAUUAUGAACGCACUCUCAAUCGCAUCCUGUUGGAGGAGGACAGCUACACUCAGCCUUAUCGAGCCCGCGAGGACAGCCUGCUGCGCCCCCUAGAGGAGCUCUGCGGUAAUAGAGGCAGCAGGACUCAGCUCGGAGGGUAAACACAUGGACGAUCACACUUUCACUGCACACUUCUUCAGACAGGUGCAGACAGAAACCCCGCUCUGACGCUGAAUUGAAAUCAAUGAUGAUUUUACUAAAGCAUUUUGCAUUCCUCAAUAAGGACAAUGGACACUUUGUCGGGAUGAAUUAUGUCCGUGGGGGCAUGAGGCAAACCAAAGCAAAGAGAGUCACUAAAUGAAGCACUUUAGGUGGACAGUCACCUUUUAAAACUUAUACACCAAAGUAAAUAAUAUACACAGAAUUUAUGAUGCCUUUUCUAGCACCACGUGUUUGUUAAUGGCAUAAAAUCUCUUGACAGCAUGUGUUAUCUUUAUCAUGUGCAUUUUGAUGUUUUUAUAUAUGUAUUUAUAAGCAGACAGUAUUUCUAGAGGAAACCUUGAUUUAUAUAUUGCCUUAUAAUUUUAAAUGUUUUACCAUCAAUAUUUUUGCUCUUAUCAAUAAUUAUAAAGUGUUUAUGAGUCACAUAUACAUUUACACAUUCAAGAUAAGCAGCAUAUACGUAAAACUGUCUAUGGCGUAGCGCUUUUGCCAACGAACAGUUGUUUUCUGCUUUAUAUUUGGCAGCCGUUUUUCCCUUUCAUCAUUAGCAGACUAACUAAGAUUAUCCUAUUACCUUGAUGUGGUUGCUAAAUUAUAGUCCAGCCUUUCUACAAAACACACAUAAUCUCUAAAAUGUGUUUUGUUAAAAAUAUAUUUACAAAAAUAACUUAUCUUUUAUGACAGUCACAUCAAACUUUCUAACAGAAACAUGCAAUUAGGGCUAAAUACUCUGGCUGUCACCGGGCUAUUAAAGUCAUUAUACUCAAGAUAACAGCUUUUUCUCCCUGUGGCCUUUGAUUGGCUGAGAGAGUGGGUGGGGCAAGUCCCCAGAGAAAAAUGAUAUAUA